AUGUCUACUCCUGCAAGAAGAAGAUUGAUGAGAGAUUUUAAACGUAUGAAAGAAGAUGCGCCACCGGGGCUUUCAGCCUCUCCAUUACCUGAUAAUGUCAUGGUCUGGAAUGCUAUGAUUAUAGGUCCUGCAGAUACAUCAUAUGAAGAUGGUACAUUCCGAUUAUUACUAGAGUUUGGAGAAGAUUAUCCAAAUAAACCACCACAUGUGAAAUUUCUAAGUGAAAUGUUUCAUCCUAAUGUGUAUGCUAACGGUGAAAUAUGUUUAGAUAUUUUACAAAAUAGAUGGACUCCAACGUAUGAUGUUGCAUCGAUAUUAACAUCCAUUCAGAGUUUGUUCAAUGACCCAAACCCAGCAUCUCCUGCUAAUGUAGAAGCUGCAACAUUGUUUAAAGAUCAUAAAUCUCAAUAUAUUAAACGAGUAAAAGAAACAGUUGAAAAAUCGUGGGAAGACGAUAUGGAUGAUAUGGAUGACGACGACGACGAAGAUGACGACGACGACGAAGAUGACGACGACGACGACGAAGAUGGAGAAUAG